GAUGUCUAAAUUUUUCAUUUAUUUGAUUAUCGAUUAUCGAAUUUUUCAAUAUUCGAUUCAUUCGAAUAAUUGUCUUUCAAUAUUCGAUUAAUCGAGCGAAUAUUUAUUUCUUGUAAUAAUCACGUAUCACGUUGUUUUUCUGGUCGCUUGGUCUAUCCGGUUGUCGAUGUUACAUGGUUGGAUAAAAAAAUUAUAUAGCCUAAUUCUUAACAUAGAAAUGCAUUAACCUUGAGAAAGAUUCCUUUUUUCAUUAAUCGCGAUUAAAGUGACAAUUAUUCGAUAUAUUCGAUUAUUUGAAUUUAUCGAACGAUUAACCGACGUCUUCAGUAAAAUGGAAUGAAAACGCAAACAAUACUGCACAUCAUCCAAUUGUGUUUUUAAUAUUUAUCAUAGUUUGUUUCUAAUUUCUGCGAUGGCUAAGGAGACCCUAUCUCAAAUUGAUAAAGUGUGGAAGCCAGAAUUAUACAAAAUUCAGUUAGAAGCGCCUACGCCGAAACCUAUAUACUGUGACACAUCUGUUGAUCAACGUCCUAAUUUUUACGAUUCUGCAUAUCAUGGUAUUAUGGACCAUCACAAAAGUGAAAAAAUACUAGAGGGUAAACCGGAUGGUUCUUACCUAAUUCGUCGGAGUCCAGGUGCAACGGAUUACUGGACAUUAAGUUUAAGAUUUGGGAGAAAAACUAAACAUUUCAAGAUAUAUUACUCACCGGAUAAAGGACAUUUCCUGAGAGAAAACUUCAAAAAAUUUGAUACUGUUCAUGAUUUGGUAGCUGACGGCUUAGUGGAUUUCUAUAUGCGAAUACACGCCGGAUCAAUCAUCCAACAAAUUAACUGCCAGACAAAAAACUGCUAUGAACAAAGUCCAUAUAUGACAUUAAACCGAAGGAAACUAAGAGCGUUAUCGAAUGAACUGAGAAAAUCGUCAAAACUCUCUAUGUUCAACGACGAUAUGUCGACUACGGCUAUAACAGGCGCAAAGGCCGAUGAUCCUCUAGCGAUGAUCACGGAUGUGUCAGAUUGUGGUGUAUUGCCAGAAAUAUAUGAGAAAAAUCAUAACUUUAAAACACAUACUUUUAAAGGAUUAAAUUGGUGUGAAUUUUGUGCAAACUUUCUCUGGGGAUUCACAUCACAAGGGGUCAAAUGUGAAGAUUGUGGAUUUGUAGCACACGUGAAAUGUUCAGAAAUAGUUCCAGCUAAAUGUGUUCCAGACUUGAAACGACUCCGAGGGAUUUUUGGAGUAGAUUUAACAACGUUGGUCACAGCGCACAAAUGCAAGAUUCCAUUCAUUGUAAAAAAGUGCGUAGAAGAAGUCGAGCGACAUGGAAUGCUGCAAGAAGGGAUAUAUCGUAUAUCUGGUUUCGCGGAUGAGAUUGACGCUCUGAAGAUGACUCUGGACAAAGAUGGCGAAAAAGCUGACAUGACCGGACUUGCCUAUAGCAAUAUUAAUGUGAUUUCCGGAGUGUUGAAGCUAUAUUUGAGGUUGCUUCCUGUCCCUUUAAUUACAUUCCAUUCAUAUUCGAAGUUCAUGCAAUCGAUGGCUCAUAAAACUAUAGGAGAACAAGUCAUUUCGCUGAGGGAUGCGAUGAAGCAGUUGCCACAAGCUCAUUUCAAUUGCUUGAAAUACAUCCUUGAACAUCUUAACCGUGUAGCUUCAUACCAUGCGAUAAACAAAAUGAACGAAUCUAAUCUGGCCACUGUAUUUGCACCUACGUUGAUUGCCACUCCACAGCAUAUGACUGACCUUUCUCAAGAAAUAAACAUGCUUACAUCAAUGAUUACAAAUUGCAACGCAAUCUUUCUUUGAGUGUGUACAUUUUUAUCUAAUAAUAUACAUUAACAAGUUUUUUUUUAUUGAAA